AUGUACGGGUCCGGGCUGAGAGGAAGGAACAUUGAGGAUUUGGGAGAUGUAGAGGAGAAAGGACUUUUGAAACGGUCCGACAGUUCAAAUUCAAAUCGAUCUGAGAAGACGGGGAGUCUGAAGGGCAAAGAAAGAGAGAGGUCACUAGGGGUUUUGGAAAAGGUCGACAUUGAACAGGAUGCUCAGAAAGGGGGACUGAGUAGUAAGAGAGAUAAACAAGCUUUCGCAUUGCUAGUCCUGCUAUGUGAAUUGCAAGGUAUACCACUGGGACUGACCUUUGGAACAAUCCCUUUCCUACUCAAACCUCAUCUGUCAUAUUCUCAACUAGCUAUCUUCGCUCUGUCCACAUGGCCAUAUUCUCUGAAAUUACUCUGGAGUCCCAUUGUGGACGCUUGGUUCCUGCCGAAAUGGGGAAGAAGGAAAAGUUGGAUAGUACCGGUACAAGCUAUUGUGGGGGUUGGUUUGUGGAUCAUCGGGAGUAGAGUGGAAGGGUGGUUAGAAGAGGAACCUGUGAAUGUCAAGUUUUUGACGACCGUGUUUGGAAGUCUGAUUCUCGCUGCUGCCACUCAAGAUAUCGCUGUGGACGGUUGGGCAUUGACAUUACUGUCUCCCCCUAAUUUAUCAUAUGCAUCAACAGCACAAACGAUUGGAUUGGGAAUUGGAAAUGCUUUGUCAUUUACCGUCUUCCUCGCCUUCAACAGCCCCGACUUUUCAAAUAGAUACUUUCGCUCCAAACCACUCGAUGCGGGUCUUGUCUCUCUCGGAGGGUAUAUGAAGUUUUGGGGACUAAUCUACGCGCUCGUGACUGUGUGGUUAGCCAGAUUCAAGAGGGAAGAUCCGGUGGGUGAAGAUGAUCCCGAUAUGGACGUAAGAAAAGUGUACAAAGUGAUGUGGUCUAUCGUGCAACUACCUAAUAUCCAAUCAUUCCUCCUCGUUCACCUCAUAUGUAAAUUCGGUUUCAUGGUGAACGACUCUGUCACUCCUCUCAAACUCCUCGAAAAGGGUUUAUCUAGAGAAGAUCUCGCAGUUGCCGUCUUGCUCGACUUUCCUGCUCAGAUGAUAGCAGGUUGGUUGGCCGCUAAAUGGUCUCGGCCUUCACCCCCGUCCAGACAUCCCCUAUCGGGAUCGCAAGGUGGUGGAAACCAUGUGUUGCGACCUUGGGUGUAUGCGUUCUGGGCUAGAUUGGGGAUGGCGGGAAUAGCUACUUUGGUGGUCCGUGGUUUUCCUACGGGAGGAAAGGUAGGGUCGGGAUAUUUUGGGUUGAUCGUUUUGACUACUUUGUUGUCGUCUCUCACUAGCACCGUACAAUUUGUCGGCAUCACUGCAUUCCAUACUCAAAUUGCCGACCCACUUAUCGGAGGGACAUACAUGACGCUCCUCAACACAGUAUCCAACCUCGGCGGGACCUGGCCCAAACCUCUUAUCCUCCGAUCUGUCGACCUUCUCUCUUCUUCCAUUUGUCGUCUACCCGGCUCUUCUCCCACACCAUUGGGAUGCACAACAGAUCAUGACAAGUCAUCUUGUAUUGCUAAAGGAGGUGAAUGUGUGGUAUAUCGAGAUGGGUAUUAUAUCAUGUCAGUCAUCUGUGUCAGUUUGGGAGCGGCGGUAUUUGUGGGUUUCAUCUUACCUACUGUAAGGAGAUUAGAGGGGUUACCUUUAUCAUCGUGGAGGGUAAGAAUACCUAGAUGA